CACCCCUCGGUUUGCCUCGGUUCCGCGAAUUUGGAUGAAUAUAAAUCAUGGAAAAAUGGUGAACUACUUGACUCGUUCAGUCGUCACCAAACAAAGAUGGCAGAUGCGUCAAAAUUAUCGUAGGUACGCAUGGUCACGUCAGUGUCUCACGAUCUUUAAACCGGAGCAGUGAGUUCUAACCUCGAAUGAACAUUGAAAAAAACCUCAAAACCAUCCUGAUAAUGCAGUAACAGUUGUUUAGUUUAUCGUAAUUGUGCACUAGAGUCAGUGGAAUAUGGCGCCAACGAGGGUUAUACUCAUGUCAUGUGGAAGUUACAAUCCACCGACCCACCUGCAUCUCCGAAUGUUUGAAAUAGCGAGGGAUCACCUGCAUCGCAUGGGCACCCACGAGGUGGUCGGUGGUGUGAUAUCACUGGUUCACGACAAUUACGGAAAGAAGGAAUUAGCGCCAUCCGAGCACAGGUGUGCAAUGGUCAAAUUGGCAAUUCAGAGCAACGAGUGGGUGAGACUCAGUACAUGGGAAAUUAGGCAGAAUAGUUGGACGAAGACACGAUACUCGUUGCAGUACCAUCAGAAUUUACUGAAUGCCAUUCUACUGGACUCACCGGAUAUUAAAAAUCAGGUGGACAUUGAGGAUUUAGAGUGGAUUCCCGAGAAUGUGAGGAAUGGGAGUGACAGGAGUCCCAUUCAAAUUAAAUUGCUCUGUGGGGCUGAUUUGUUGGAGAGCUUUGGAAAGCCUGGCUUGUGGGCUGAAGAAGAUAUUGACGCAAUCCUGGGUCAACACGGUUUGGUAGUGAUCACGAGAGAAGGCUCAAGUCCCAACAAAUUCAUCUACGACUCAGACAUCCUCUCCAAGCACAUGCACAAUAUCUACAUCGUAACCGAGUGGAUUCCCAACGAAGUGAGCUCCUCCCGAAUAAGACGUGCCCUCAAGCGCGGCGAGAGCAUUAGGUACCUCACCCAGGACUCUGUGAUCGAUUACAUCUAUCAGCACGGAAUUUAUGACGCCAAAAUUACCUCAACAACAACUAAGUUUGAAUCAUCCCCAACAAACACGAAUAAUUACCUGCACAUUGAUAACAAGUACAAUACAGUACUAUUGACCCCAUCACCGAGUGACGUGACAAUGACAACGCCCAGUCCAGUGGAAAUAAUCACAAUAGACAUUGGUGAAACAGUGAUAAAGAAGAACAUUCACAAUUCCCCUUAUUACACGACAAACGAACGAAUGUUCGACAAAUUACCAAGUGUAAUACAGGAGAAUGGUAACAAAAAUUCACCGAUAAGUGGUAAAUCAGCAUAUCCUGGCCAAGCUAAGCAGAUUAUUACCACUGAGACUGGUGAGACACAUAUUUUUUACGAGGUAGGUUCACUAAAUGACAAUGAUACCAGCACAAAUGUACAAAAUCACGAUGAAAUUACCUUAGCAUCUGCCGAUACUGUAAAUGUCAAUGAUAUUAGCGAUAAGUGCCCUGAAAUUAAUGAAUCACAAUCGGAAAAUCGUGAGACGUGUUAUCAGAUAGACGCUAGUGUGUCCUUCGACUCGAUAGACGACCCACUUCCCUCAGAGCCCAAGUCAGAGGAGUCGAAAAACGAGAGUAACACGAUAAUCGAGGAGACGACAGUGUUGAACUCCCCGAGUGUCAGCGAGAGCAAACCAAGGGGGGAGCUCCCCCAGGACCACGAGGAGAUUGCGCCGGUCCCGGAGGAAGUUCCAUCAGUCCCGGAGGUCCCCCGGGAGCCCAAAGACCCUCACUCAGCGACCCAGAUCGACGGAAAGUACUUAAAAUCCGUCGUCAACUCUCGAAAGAGCCCGAAUAGAGUCAGGAACUCGGAGCAGGUGGUGCCGAUGAUGGAGUCCGACGAAAUCGAGGGGAAAAUCGAUCGCAAGUCCUUCCAGGGUAGCCUCGACUCCAUUAGCCAGAAGAAAUCGGAGAUGGAUCUCGAGAGGUCAAAGUCCAAGUCGAAGAGUUUUGAACUGCUGAAAUCCGACUUUUCCCUCAAGGAAUUUCCUUUUAAAGACGAGGAUUUGGAGGACACGGGGUCUCAGGAGGAGAGUGCAGCGUUCAUGACAGCCAAUGAGGAGGAGCCCGAGGAGUUCUGCUCGGUUUGCUACAGCAGGGAGCAGGAGAUAAGGAACGUCUAUCCUCUGAGAUCGACUAAUAGUUCCCCGAAUGAACAGGACUCGACAGAAUGCGACAUCUGCAGUACCUGCAAUCUUCAGGAGGCCGAGGCACCCCCGGGGAUGCCGCAGUGCGAGCUCUGUGAGAUCUGCGGGGAUAUUGCCAUGGAGGAGGACGUGGUGGCCUCGUCGAGGCCUGAAGCCGAUGAAUCUCUGGACUUUCGGCUGCUCUCGGGCUCCAGCCAUCUCCCCCUGAGCCUUUCGCGGAGGAAAUUGCGGGGUGGGAGGGUCCCUCUCGAUGGAAGGAUCUUCGAUAUCAAUGAUGAUGUUGACUGUCAGGACAUCAACGAAGAGGAUGAGGACGGGGAGAAGCCGGAGUCCGCUGAGAAGAGGGAACGAGCCCCAUCGACUUCCGUUGAAGAGUUUUCAGGUGAUGACUCGACCCUCAAUGACAUCGAAUUUGAGAUUGAAAACUGCGGGCUGGAGGUGGAUCCAGGGGAGAUUAAGGGGAAAACCAUUAUCGAGGAGCUGCCGGGUGAGGCCGAGGCUGGUGACAGUGCCUGCAGGAUUAAUCGUGGGUCUUCCAUGAUCAAUAGAGCCACUGAAUCGAGGACUGAGGCUCGCAGGAGGUACAAGUCGGUGGAUAAUCUUCCCACCUCGAGGAUUAAUCAGGCGAAACCAGCUAGCAAGGAGGAUAAGGCACUCGUUGUGAGGCACAGUGGGAGAAUAAUUGGAUCGGCGGAUAAUAUCAGGGCUCCGAGGCCCUCCAGGAGUGUAAGUCUUCUGCGGAAAUCCGCGGAUGAUGUCGGCAGGAUUCGGGAAAAUGCCGAGGGGGAGGAUGAGAGCGGAAAACUCAAUUGCAAUGGCAGUGUCGAGGGGGAACGGGUACCCUCUGAUACUGUGAAAUUUAUUCUUGGAAAACAUGGUAUUAAGAUCAUAAGUGAUAAGGAGACUGCUUUGUAGCUAAGGAUUUAUACGGAAAUGCUCUAGUCAUUUUCGUAUGUAUGCCGGCUGUUUUGGGUUGGGGGAGGAGCACUGUUAGAAGAAAAUUGAAAUUUUCUGAUGUUGUAUGGUUGAUUUAGCGGGAAUAAGUCGUGGAACUUUGAACUUCAAAGGAAAUUCAGUGGAAUUCCAAUUUUUUUAGCAAAAGAUGAAUUUUUUUUUCAUGGAAUAAUUAAACUAACGUUUACGGUUUUUAUGGACUUGUUCAUUAAAUUGGGAAUUUUGGGCGAAGAAAUUCCUCGAACUUUCAAUGAACCUGUCACUUGAUAAAAAAUUUCAAGAGGCGUAUCAGAAAUUGUAUUCAAACAAUUUUAACAGUGAAGUGUGGAGUCUACGAAUUAUCGACAAUCUUUACUUAACGUCUUCGAGUGCAUCCAGUGCACGGAUAUUUUAAUAAGUCUAGGAGCUUCCAGGUUGAUAUUUCGAGGAUUAUAGUACUGGGUAUAAUAUUGAUGUUAUGAUUGCAGUAGGCUGCUCUUUACUUGUGGCUUUUUACCGUUAAGGCAUGACGUAUGCGCUAUUCAUAAGUAACUGCUUACCAUCGAAUAGACGAUAGAGGUUCUGUAGGUUUUUCGCAUUUUUUUGUCAGUUGGUGUCAGUAUUUUUUCUCUUUUCUGGAAUAACUAGCAACUGUUGG